GUUGUAGAUAUCGUCCUCACAAUCGUGGCUUCCAUUGUCACAUCCUUCCGCUUGUGUCUUCGUACGCGGCAGCGUCGUCUAUGGAUCGACGAUAUGUGGGCAGCCCUCGGCAUGAUAUUCAUCUUCAUGUUAUUAAUUGCCGAUUGCUUGUAUCUGCAAGACUACGUGGCGGGGCUGACGUGCACGCACAGGUCAUCGAGGCUAUCCAUAUUGUUUACCGUUGUGCGACUCACAGUCCCGGGAACUUCUAUUAGGAAGACUCUUAUAUCCAUCGCCAUUACCUUCGGCGUCGUAUGGGCUCUACUUUUUUCACAAGUGUGGUGGGUUUGCGAAACUGAGCCCGGCUGGAAAAGACUCCCACAUCCGCAGUGCGAUCUCGGCAGAAGUGUUGCGAUAGCGCAGAUAAUCACCGACGUUCUAGGAGACGCUGUCCUCAUCUUCGCUCCAUUCUCCCUCAUUUACAGAGUCAGAUUGUCGAGCCCGCAAAAAAUCCGGGUACUAGCCGUCUUCUCUGCAUCGAUGAUAACCACGAUCGUCAGUCUCGCCCAUGCAUAUUACAUCUUCUCCGGUGGAGGGACAAAGGAGGUCAUGGCUGCUAUAGUCGAGGCUUCCAUGUCUCUAAUCGUCGCUAACUUGAGCGUCGUCGUCGCUUUCUUCUUCCAUUUGAGUGCAGAAGAUGAUUCGACUCCGGCGUCCAUCGUAACUUUCGGAUCACUGCCUAAGAGGCGCGUUCGGGAUCCGCUCGCUACGACUAUUACAGGUGCUGAAAGUGCCCCGAUCGUACUGGAGGACCUCUCUCAGUCGCAUCCCCGUUCUCUCAAGACAAGAGACGACGACGAGAUUACUUUGGACAUCAAGGAGGGAAGACAGACGAAGCCGGAUGAUUUGUGUUAG